AGUAUGUACUCUAGUGUUCCUCUAUAUACAAACGCGCCCUUUUCUCCAGAAAAGUCGUGCGUAAUUAUAGUAUCUCAGAAACUAAGAUUUGUCUUUUCGAAUUUCUUUUUAGAAACAAGUAGUUGUUGAAAGUGGUUUUCUUACCUAAAAAAUGGUUCAACAGUGAUGAAAUUUAAUAAUAAUGAAACAGAAAAGCUAACAAAUCACAAAAAGCGAUGGCAGGAUGGCGCUGUAGACAUCCUGCGUGAUGUGGAUUUAAGGAAGUAAAUAUUUACCAUCAGUGGGUGAAUCACAAGCCACAAGGCGUGGACAUAAAUCAAAGCCGAGGAACGGUUGUAUGUUUGACAUCAGUUUUGUUGUAGUUCAUGCAUCACAUUUGUGAACUAGGGUAAAAUGCAGGACAGACUUAUCUUUAUUGUAAUCAUUUUCCUUUGGUACAAUACACCAGUGUUUUUAAGUCCGCCAGGAGAUGACUUUCCUUAUUGCCCUAAAUACGUACCUGAAGGAGGAUCACUGACGUGUAACUGUCAAUUUAAUAUUAGUCAGUGCCCUCCAACCCCAUGCUCUGUGACGUGGCCAAGACAUUCUAACAACAGCACAUUGAUUGUGACCAAUGUCACACGUGGUGAUAACGGUACAGUGUUUACCUGUCUGAUGACACAGGGAGGAGUCAGACAGACUGCAAACUAUACACUGCGUGUGGCCUAUGGCCCUCUAAAUGUAAGCAUACUCGUUCCUUCGCCGUUCAUUUCUGAUGGAACAAACUACCUUCGCCUAACGUGUGUGGCAGCAGAGGUCAACCCUGUACCACAUUUUAUCUGGAGCAUCAACAAGUGUCUCAACAACGACACGGAGAAAGGAAGUUGUGUGUUGAAGCCUCAGCCACCCUGGGAUGAUGGAAAAGAAGUACCAUGUACUGCGACAAACAUUUAUGGCACAGCCAGGGUGACAGCAACAUACAGGUUAAACCUCACAUAUCCACCGCCGAAACCUCCUCAGAUACUCGAUUACAAACCUGGACAGGUUCUUGCCAAUGGAGACCUUCUUCAGUGCAACGUCUCUGGAGGAAAGCCAUUGGUGAAGAAAGUCAACUUCUCUUGUUUCUCUGAUCCUCCUCUGGAAGAUCAACAGGACACGAUUGAAGGUUCUUCGAUGCUUAGUAAUGUGACCAUCAAGGCUAAGGAUACAGAAGGUUACAGCAUGGUGUGUGUGUGCAGCGCCAUCUGGGAACCGAGAGAAGAUUUCUAUACAAAAACUUCAAAUAUCACUGUCUUUGUGAGCACUGAGGACCAAGAAAGCAAGAAAGCUUCGACAAAGAUCGCAACUGUAACAGCUAUUGCCUGUCCUGUUGUCAUCCUCGUCUUCGUCGUCGUGGUCAUUGUUGUUGUGAUUUACGUGAAAAACAAGGGAAGACAAAGAGUUGUCUCGUUGCUUGAAGACCUUGAGACCCUUAGAAACCAACCAACAGAGAAUGAAUACGUUGAUAUGGAGAUGGACCAACCUGCUCAACCUGGUCAACACCUCGGUGGCUUUGAAGCAGCGACAGGUAUAACGUGUAUUAAAUAUCAUAAUUUAACUACAUUAAAUAGUUUAAUUAAACAAAGGGAUAUUACUGCGGAUAUAGCAUAAAGAAUCAUUUUUCUACAUUUCCCUUCUUAGUCCAUCGUCUUUUGGCGGAAAUUUAGAAUUUUGUAGACCUUUUGUCUGUCGAAAACAGUGAGUCAGAGACCAGGAGUUUCGCGUCGCUUCUCAGCGCAAAAUGUACUCGAACUUUAUUUCUGCCGAAAAAAAACUUUUUUAUUGCACAGGAAUCUGACAAUGAGGAUUAUCCUCCGUCAGAUUCCUAUUCUAUAGGUAUUGAACAUAAUUUACCUGAAACCACCUCACGUGGUGUUGACAUGGAACCGUCGAGUGAUGAAGAAGGUGAGGUUGCUAUAGACACCGAAGAAACUACUCAUAGCAAGUUUAGUUUGGCUGAAGAGGAAUCAGUGUGUAGAGAAUUCAAAAGUGGCUGUCAUGAAAGAGUAUGUUUUAGUGACAUACACCCAAGUGGUUUGCAAAUUCAAAUGCAAGAGUCAGAGAUAGAGGAAAGUCUACAAUGACAAUGCCAUCAUAGGGUGAGUGCUUUGUUUUUGAAGUAAGCUAAAGUUUUAUCUAUUUUUGUGUGUAAAGUUUCAUUGUUCAUGGCCUGUAUGCAUGUGCAAGUUUAUCGACCUUGUUGUACUAAGGUAACUUGGCCAUUAGCAGAUACCUCAGUAUUUAAGAACUUAGGGUAAGCCUAGUAAAAUCAAUUUCAGAAUAUUAAAAUUGUCAAAUUUCUGUUUUAACAUGUCACUAACAUUUUCAUUCUGCUUUUAUUCAAUACUUUGUAAUCUGACUAGUGAAGAGUAAACUUAUGGAAGCAAAUGGUUGCAUAAUCUAAGUAUAAAAUGGUAAAGUUGUAAAUUGUAAUGAGUUAUUUUUCUUUUCUUCGUCAGACAUUCGCAGUGACAACUAACCCAGUCACCAGGGGCUUGCAGCAAAAUCUAAUGUGGGGCCACUUGUGUUUUAUAUCUUCAUUAUUACAAAAACUUGCAUAUAUGAUAUAAAUAAAUUGUGAAGCCAUGUU